GGAGCUGCGGGGCCCACGGCUGCGGGACUGCGCGGCGGCCGCGGGGAGCCGCGGGGAACCGCAGGUCGCGCUGGUGUCGGCGUGACGGUGGCCGCGGCGUGACGGGGGUGGUGGCCGCGGUGGCGAGCAGGUGGGCACCGGCCCCAGCAUGCUGAAGGCCACCUGCACCUCCCUCUUCCCGGGGUGCAGCGGGCAGAGCCAGCGGCCUUGGGUUCCGGGGAUCCCCCGCAGCAGGCCGUGAGCCGACACUGGCCCUGCCCACGCGGGAAGAUACAGCGGCCCACCGAGCUGACCUCCGGCCCGUCCAUGAACGCAGCGUGGGGAGCCCCUCGCCCUGCGCCCCCAGGAAUGUGGGGGUCCGAGGUGUGAUCUGCCUGGAGGUUCCACCCACCCACCACAGUUGCUGUGGACACUGAGACCUUCCCGGCUCCCCCUGGCCCUGCUGAUGGGGCGGCCGGGGCCCAGCAGAGCUGCCUGACUGUCCACCUGUACUAACAUCUAUCCGUCUGUCGGGGGGCCGCACCCCAGCCCAGCCAUGGCGGGCCCCGAGGGUUUCCAGUACAGGGCCCUGUACCCUUUCCGCCGCGAGCGCCCCGAGGACCUGGAACUGGUGCCCGGGGACGUUCUGGUGGUGAGCCGGGCGGCUCUGCAGGCCCUGGGGGUGGCCGAAGGCGCUGAGCGCUGCCCACAUAGCCUGGGCUGGGUCCCCGGCCUCAACGAGCGCACGCGACAGCGGGGAGACUUCCCUGGCACCUACGUGGAGUUUUUGGGACCCCGUGGACCCCGGCCCCUGCCAGCAAGGCCAAGGGAUGGAGCCUCGGAGACAGGCCUCACGCUCCCCGACCUCCAUGAGCAGUUCUACCCGCCCGAGGUGGCUCCCCCCAUCCUGGUGAAGCUGACGGAGCUGGUGGAGCGCACAGGGCUGGACGCCGAGGCUCUGUACCGGCCGGAGCUCCCGGCCCCGCGCACAGACUGGACCCUGGGCGACGUGGAGCGCUGGGACGCGGCGGCGCUGGCCGACGGCGUCCGGGCCUUCCUGCUGGCGCUGCCCGCGCCCCUGCUGACCCCCGAGGCCGCGGCCGAGGCGCACCGGGCGCUGCGGGAGGCCGCCGGGCCCGUGGCGCCCGCGCUGGAGCCCCCGACGCUGCCCCUGCACCGCGCGCUCACGCUGCGCUUCCUGCUGCAGCACCUGGGCCGCCUGGCCCGCCGCGCGCCCGGCCCCGCCACCUGCGCCCGCGCCCUGGCCGCCGCCUUCGGGCCGCUGCUGCUGCCGCCCGCCCCGCCGCCAGGGGGCGCGCCCGACGGGACAGAGCCUGGCCCCGCCUUCCCCGUCCUGCUGCUAGAGAAGCUGCUGCAAGAACAGCUGGAGGAGCAAGAAAUGGCCCCCCCAGCACUGCCGCCCAAGCCCCCCAAGGUCAAAGCGGCCCCCACUGGCCUCGCCAAUGGAGGGAGCCCGGCCUCCCUGCAGGACGCUGAGUGGUACUGGGGAGACAUCUCCAGGGAGGAGGUGAACGAGAAACUCCGGGAUACGCCAGAUGGCACCUUCCUGGUGCGAGACGCUUCCAGCAAGAUCCAGGGGGAAUACACGCUGACGCUCAGGAAGGGCGGGAACAACAAGCUGAUCAAAGUCUUCCACCGCGACGGCCACUACGGCUUCUCAGAGCCGCUGACUUUCUGCUCGGUUGUGGACCUCAUCACCCACUACCGCCACGAGUCGCUAGCCCAGUACAACGCCAAGCUCGACACGCGGCUGCUCUACCCCGUGUCCAAGUACCAGCAGGACCAGAUCGUCAAGGAGGACAGCGUGGAGGCGGUGGGCGCCCAGCUGAAAGUGUAUCACCAGCAGUACCAGGACAAAAGCCGCGAAUAUGACCAGCUGUAUGAGGAGUACACGCGCACCUCUCAGGAGCUGCAGAUGAAGCGCACGGCCAUCGAGGCCUUCAACGAGACCAUCAAGAUCUUCGAGGAGCAGGGCCAGACGCAGGAGAAGUGCAGCAAGGAGUACCUGGAGCGCUUCCGGCGUGAGGGCAACGAGAAGGAGAUGCAGAGAAUCUUGCUCAACUCGGAGCGGCUCAAGUCGCGCAUCGCCGAGAUCCACGAGAGCCGCACCAAGCUGGAGCAGGAGCUGCGGGCGCAGGCGUCGGACAACCGCGAGAUCGACAAGCGCAUGAACAGCCUCAAGCCCGACCUCAUGCAGCUGCGCAAGAUCCGGGACCAGUACCUCGUGUGGCUCACCCAGAAAGGCGCCCGGCAGAAGAAGAUCAACGAGUGGCUCGGGAUCAAGAACGAGGCGGAGGACCAGUACGCCCUGAUGGAGGACGAGGAGGACCUGCCGCACCACGAGGAGCGGACGUGGUACGUGGGCAAGAUCAACCGCACCCAGGCCGAGGAGAUGCUCAGCGGCAAGCGGCACGGCACCUUCCUCAUCCGCGAGAGCAGCCAGCGCGGCUGCUACGCCUGCUCGGUGGUGGUGGACGGCGACACCAAGCACUGCGUCAUCUACCGCACGGCCACCGGCCUGGGCUUCGCCGAGCCCUACAACCUGUACGCGUCGCUCAAGGAGCUGGUGCUGCACUACCAGCACGCCUCGCUCGUGCAGCACAACGACGCGCUCGCCGUCACCCUGGCGCACCCUGUCCGGGCGCCCGGCCCUGGACCACCGCCGCCCGAAGGCGCUGAGCCGGGCACUACGCCGGCCACGCCCCUCGGCACAAGCCACGCCCACCGGAGGGCCUGGUGCCACGCCCACUCGAGGACACUCCUCUGGAACUCGGACGAUGCCACGCCUCCUUCCAGCGGAGGCUCCGCCCACUGGGCCAGGUGCCACCCAAUAGGCCCACCUCAUCCGGAUGAGGCUCCACCCUGCCUGACAGGCCACGCCCACUGGGUCAAGGCAGGCACCACUCCACAGUUUCUGCCUCGUGGAUGGGACUUCGCCCACAAGAAACCCCGCCUCCAUCUGGUGGAGGCCACGCCCCCGCUGGAGGCCACGCCCCUGUCUGGUCCCUCUGUCCCUGCACCCUUCCUUGCCCUGGACACCCCCACAUCCUGA